GGUUGUUGUGAAGAGUAAAUAAAAUGUGUGUGAAAUUACCUAGUAAGCUUUCCUAGCACAUAUUGGCUAUCAAAGAGAAAUUGAAUCUGAAUAAUAUUCCUGGGAAAAGGGACACAGAAGUCGGCAAUGCUGUGCCCUAACUAGAGAGUGAAGGAUAUCACCAACUCCGAGAAGAAUUUCAAAGAGCCAGGACUUUGUUUUUAUCACUUCCGACUUCAAACUAAUGUUGUCUGCUUGAAACCUGAGAUAACUACAGUCAGAGCCCAGACUGCAAAAGGACACUUUUCUUCUGUGUAGUUUGAAAUUAAAGAAACUGCAAUGUCUAGGAGACAAAACCAGAAAGAUUCAUCAGGAUUCAUUUUUGAUUUGCAGUCCAAUACUGUACUGGCCCAGGGAGGAACCUUUGAGAACAUGAAAGAGAAGAUAAAUGCUGUGCGCGCAAUAGUUCCCAAUAAGAGCAACAAUGAAAUCAUCCUGGUUUUGCAGCACUUUGAUAAUUGUGUGGACAGAACAGUACAAGCAUUCAUGGAAGGUAGUGCCAAUGAAGUACUCAAAGAAUGGACUAUAACAGGCAAGAAAAAGAAUAAAAAGAAGAAAAGCAAACCCAAACCUGCAGUGGGAGCAGGUAACAGCCUCCCGAAUUCCAGUCCAACUGUUUCCACUCAAGAGGAGCAAUCGACGCCUUCCUCAGAGAAGGGUGGUGUCAACGGGCACCAUGUCAACGGUGCUGUCCAUGAUUCAGAGUCUGUGGACUCGUUCAGUGAAGGCAUGGAGACCCUUUCAAUAGAUGCCAGAGAACUGGAGGAUCCCAAGUCUGCCUCACCAGUGGAUAGAACGAGAUCUGCGCUGGAGAACGGCAUCUCUGGUUCGGAGUCCAAGUCUUUGCCUGUGCACUCUCCUCAGAACUCUCAACAAAAUAGGAAUGCUGCCAAACCUCUCUCAAGACCUACCACAGGAUCUCAGUUUUCAAAUCUGGGCCUGGAAGAUGUGCCAGUCUUCACCAACAAGAAGCUAGGUUCCAGUAUUGAAAAAUCCAUGAAAGACCUCCAGCGCUGUACGGUGUCUCUUGCACGGUAUCAAGUUGUAGUUAAAGAAGAGAUGGAUACCUCCAUUAAGAAAAUGAAACAAACGUUUGCAGAAUUGCAGAGCUGUUUAAUGGAUCGAGAAGUUGCACUGCUUGCUGAAAUGGACAAAGUGAAAGCUGAAGCAAUGGAAAUCUUGCUCGGUCGACAAAAGAAAGCAGAACUUCUAAAGAAGAUGACUGACAUGUCCGUGCAGAUGUCGGAGGAGCAAUUGGCCGAGCUCCGUGCUGAUAUCAAGCACUUUGUUAGUGAACGUAAAUAUGAUGAGGAUCUGGGCCGAGUCGCUCGGUUUACCUGUGACCUAGAGACCCUGAAGAAGAACAUUGAGUCACUUGGACAAGUGUCCCACCCAAAGAACAGCUAUUCAACCAGGUCUCGAUGUAGCUCUGCCGCAUCGGUGUCCUUGAAUAGCCUGUGUGAUGCCUCUGCUGCUUCCUCUUCCACCUGUGCCUCUACUCCCAGCCUCACAAGUGCUAACAAGAGAAACUCAGCACCAGGAGAGACUCCUGCCGCUGCCACACACUCCAGUGGCCGGCCCUACCAACCUCAGCGAGAGGUGUUUUCAGGAAAUAGACGAGGAGGCCAAGGCUACAGGCCACAAAGCCAGAAGUCCGGUGACUCCACGAACCAAGGGCGCCAUGACAGUGCAGCCCGUCACAGAAAUAGCUCCUGGUAUUCAUCGGGCUCCAAGUAUCCGAGUACUGUCUCGCAGACACCAGGAAACACCAGUGAGUGGGGCCAGACUCACUCUGCAGGGACCAAUGGAACUGGAGGCGGCGUGGAGCGCUGUCCUCCCCAGCCCCCAUUCAAAAAGGGGCUCCCCCCACGCAAGCCCAGGACCACUCAGCCUGAAGCUGUGAACUCUUGAGGAAAACACCAGGUGACCUCGCUCCUCCCUCCACCCAAUUUGACUUGAUAACUGAACUUUAGGAAACUCAUAGUUAGAUUUAAUAACAAAAAAAAAGAAGUUUACGCAUACCACUUUUUAUGCCAUUCUCAAUAUGUUUGGUUUCUUCUUCGUUUCCCCUUUGGAGGGGAAGCUGUUUUUUUCUCUUAACCUUUCCCAGCAAUAAGGAUUCCUUCUGAUUGGUCGUUUCCACCAGGAAUCACAGGCCACUGGCCAAAUUUCCCCAGGGAAGCACCGUGCUGCCCGCUCCACGGCCUGCUGGGGCUGCCGCGGCUCUGCAGAAGGCCAGGCAGGGCUCUGCACACUUC